AUGCAAAGAUAUAUAGUAGCUAGUCGAAUAAAUGUUGCACCUGGUGCAGGUCAGGUUGCUGGAAGAGAAGAGGCAUUUGGAUUGGUAAUAUCAUGUCUUGCGGGCCCUGUAUUGAAUUGGUAUAAUACCCACAUUAAGGGCAAAAAUUGGAGAUGUAAUAAUCUCUCAGAUAACUUAGGUGUAGCUACUUUAACUGCUAUUCGAGCAAUAGGUGCUGGAAAUAGUAGUAAUCAGAUUGGUGGUUUGAAUACUGUAGGUGAAUUUCGUAACAAAGCUGGAGCAGAAAUUGGUAGAAUUGGAGCAGGUGUCGCAACUGUUAAACACUUAAAACAAAUGGCAGUUUUUGGUCAACUCAUGCAAGAAGACAUGGGUGUUGAUGAGUUCUCCACUCGAAUCAAAAAGGUUGGUAAAUUGGCCGGAAUGACACCCGAACAACAAAGAGAGCAAUUUAUUCGUAGCUUAAAUCCUAUGAACCAAUAUAAUAUUCGAAUGAUAGCUAAAUUUGAGGAUACUCAGGAAAAUAUCACAAGAGCCUUAGCUGAAGCGGAAAAAUUUACACUUUCCCAAAGAAAUGCACCAUCUUCUUUUUCUGCUUUUCUGGCAGCCAAUCCCUAUAUAGACACUAACAAAUCAGGAAUGACUAAAACUGAAAUCGUGGAUUUGAUAAAAACUGCAAUGGCAUUCUUAGAGUCUCAAAUGGCUCAACAAAAUGCUGAUUUGCAGUCUACCAUUAAAUCCUUUCAAGAAACUAUGUCUCGAGCGACUAAAACUCUAGAUAAUAAUAAAAAAUCAUCUAAGAAGAGAGCAGAAGAUACUGCCAUUAAUCGCUUUUUGAGUGACUUACUAAGAAAAAAUCAAGGUAAACACUCUGCCGAUGAAUAUGAUCAUGAUCCUAUAGAAGAUAUUUCAGAUAGUUUAGCAGAAUUAACAUUAAAUAGUGUCAUAAAAACUGCUAUUAGACACCCUAUUAAAGCUAAUAUACUGAAUCAAGCGUCUCUAAUCCAGGAAAAGAUAGAAUCUCCAAGCAAUACUUCUCUAAUCACCGAGGUUGUAUCACUAGAUCUAGAUAAGGAAGAAGAUUUGGAUAGUUCGAUGGAGAUUGAUUUCGUUAAGAAGAAGGAGCCAAAAACAAGUGUCGCAACU